CUCCCAUCAUAACAAACAACUUACUAGCAGUCAGAUGAGCUUGAGAGCUUCGCUUCCUCUGUCGUGUUUGUAGCUCAGGUCGUUAGUUUAUGGCAUUGAUCAGAGUCAAUUGCAUUGUGCAUUAGUAACGGUAGCUGUGGAUCUCCCUCAUCCAGAGCUCUGCUUUUACUCGAAUGGAACAUGUCCCUGACACCAGCUGCAUGUGAUUUUGGGCUGCUGGACAGGCAGAAGGAGGACAUAAAACCUCUGGCAGCAGUAAUUCGGCGUAACCUCUUUGGCCCUGUGGACCACCAGCAGUUGCAGCAGGACUUCCAGAGGCUCUUCUGCAUGAGCGUGGAGAAUGCCAAACAGCGCUGGAACUUUGACUUUCAGAGGGACCAGCCUGUCCCCGGCUGUGUCGAGUGGGAAGAGCUGCGGUGCCAGGACGUCCCAGCAUUCUACCAUAGCUGUGUGGUUAGGCCCGGUAUGGCAAAGCAAAUGGCGGAAGCAGCUGUUGGAGAUGGAUCCUGCGCUUGUUCUUCUCCAGCAAAGGCCACAGAGAAAUAUCUGGAGCUUUGGACCAGAGGAACUUUGAGGGGAACCAAGCCAGAGAAGAGAAAGGCUGCGCUGCUGGGGGUCAAACACAGACAAGCAAACAUCACAGACUUUUUCAGAGUGUCUAAACGAAGAUUUCUUCAUCACAAAGCUUCACCAGGACAGUAAAUUUUACUUGGACUUUUUUGUAUAAAUGUACAUACAAUAUUUGCUCAUGUAGCUCUUCUAACUGACCAGCAAAUAAGGCUUAAUAGGCUAUGUAUAUAUAAUAUAUAUAUUAUAUGUAUGCUGUACCUAUUAAAAAUCUUAACCUCUUGUACUUUUUAAAAUUUUAUUGUUUCAACUGUUUGACUAUUUUAAAUUAGAUCCAAAUUCAGAUCUAUAGUACCUAAGUAAUAAUACUUAGAAGCAAUUGAAUUCCAAUCAUUGAAUAAGCAUUCUCUCAGUAUAAAAGUAUAAAAAUGUUCCAAUGCUGUGUUACACAGUCUAAUUUGAAAAUGUAGGAUAGUGCAUUUUUCGUUUUUUUUUUUUUUUUUUUUUUUUUUUUGUGCACUGAA